AUGGGAGCUCGCCAGAGUCGUGUACCAUACAAUCAAUGGGAUUUGAAUAGAUUAUCACAAACUACUGGUUUAGAUCCUGAUCAAAUUUCAGAAAUCCAUCAAGAAUUUAAAAAAGCAGCUGGUCAUGAUGGACAAUUGAGUAUGAAAGAGUUUAGUAAAGUGUAUAAUCGGUUUCCUGGUGCUCAACGACAAGAUUCACGAUAUAUGGAAGCUCAAAUUCCUCGUAUUUUUCGUACAUUUGAUCGUGAUGGUACAGGCAAACUUUCAUUCGAUGAAUUUCUUAGUGGUGUUGUUAUGAUGAAUCAUGAUACGCCUCGACGUGAUCGUAUUGAUUAUCUUAUUAAACAAAAUAAUAGUUAUGGACAACAGUAUGGUGAUGGACGAAUUCCAUAUGAAUAUGGUCAAGAAGUCUUUCAACGUCUCAAUGAUUAUUAUGGUUUACCUCCCGGCAUGGAACAACAAUGUUGGCAACAAGUUGAUGUGAAUAAUCGUGGUUAUGUCACUCAAGAUGAGCUUAUGGAGUACAUUACCCAACAAGAAGCCUACAAUCAACGUUUUCAAUACUAG